CACCUGAGCCCCAGCAUGAGCCCCAUGGGGGGCCAAGCAGGCUCCAUGAAUGCCCUGGCCCCCUACACCAACAUGAACUCCAUGAGCCCCAUCUACGGGCAAUCCAACCUCAACCGCUCGCGCGACCCCAAGACCUACCGACGGAGCUACACGCAUGCCAAGCCGCCCUACUCCUACAUCUCCCUCAUCACCAUGGCCAUCCAGCAGUCGCCCAACAAGAUGCUGACACUGAGUGAGAUCUACCAGUGGAUCAUGGACCUCUUCCCCUUCUACCGUCAGAACCAGCAGCGCUGGCAGAACAGCAUCCGCCACUCACUGUCCUUCAAUGACAGCUUCCUCAAGGUGCCACGUUCCCCGGACAAGCCGGGAAAAGGCUCCUUCUGGACGCUGCACCCAGAUUCGGGCAACAUGUUUGAGAAUGGCUCCUCCCUGCGCCGCCAGAAGCGUUUCAAGUGUGAGAAGCAGCUGGCAGCCAAGGACAGUGGUGGGGCAG